AUGAAUAAUAAUAAUAAUAAUAAUAAUAAUAAUAAUAAUAAUAAUAUUAAUAAUAAUAAUAAUAAUAAUAUUAAUAAUAAUAAUAAUAAUAAUAUUAAUAAUAAUAAUAAUAAUAAUAAUAUUAAUAAUAAUAAUAAUAAUAAUAAUAAUAAUAAUAAUAAUAAUAAUAAUAAUAAUAAUAAUAAUAAUAAUAAUAAUAAUAAUAAUAAUAAUAAUAAUAAUAACAAUAAAAAUAUUAAUAAAUUAAAAAAUAUUAAUAGUGAAAAAAAUAAUAAUAAAAAUAAAAAUAUUAAUAAGAAAGCUUGUGAUAAUAGUGAUAAUAAUAAUAAUAAUGUAAAAGAAACCCUCGAAAGUUAUUUUUCAAAUAUUGCACCAGAUUCAUUAUUAGAUAAUAUUACAGGAAUAAUUUUAAUAAAUCCUCACAUUGUUCAAUGUAGUGGUCACACUUAUUCAUAUUCAACAUUAGAAAAAUGUAAUUCAAAAGAACCACUAACCAAUCAACCUUUUAAAAUUGAAGAAUGUAUAUUAAAUCGUGGAAAACAAAAUGAAAUUGAAUCAUUCUUUGAAACUCAAUUUGAAAAAAUAAAUAAUGAUUUCAUUAAAGAAAAAAAAAUAGAAACUUUAAUUCCAAUUUUAAAACUAAUCCCAUUUAUCAUAUCAGAUAAUAGAAGCUCAUGUUUAAAUGCCAAAAGAAAUUUUGAAAAGACUUUAUCUAAUGACUCAACCGUUAACCCAUUAAUGAAUGAAAUUAAAAAAUUAAAUGAAACCCAAUACAACAGUUGGAGAGAGUUAACAAAACAACAACAACAACAACAACAACAACAACAACAACAACAACAACAACAACAACAACAACAACAACAACAACAAAAACAAAAACAACUACCACAGCUACCACAACAACAAAAACACCAACCACAACAACAACAACAACAACAACAACAACAACAACAACAACAACAAAAACAACUACCACAACUACCACAACUACCACAACUACCACAACAACAACAACAACAACUACAACAACAACAACAACAACAACAACAACAACAACAACAACAACAACAACAACAACAACAACAACAACAACAACAGCAACAAUUUAUUAAUUCCAAACUUAUUGAUUCAAAUAAUAAUUUAAUAGUUGAUAAGAGAUUCCAUAUUUAUAUUAAAAUUCAUUUAUUAAGACAAUGGAAACAAUCAAUUAUACCAUCAAAAAUUAUUGAAAAAGAUGGUACCUUUAAAGUUGAAGGUCAAUUAUCAAGUGAAUCACAAGAAUCCAUUUUACUUCAAAUUGGUAAUUUAAGAAGAGAAAGAGUAAAAUUUAAUUCUCUUUUCUUUGAAACUCAUAAAAAUUUAAUUUAUAAAUAUUCAAAAGCCAUUAAAACUUACCUUACACAUUUUCAAAUUGAUGAAAACAAUAAUACCAAUCAACAUCAGCAACAACAACAUAAUAAUCAAAAUCAAAAACAAAAAUCAAAUAAUAAAAAUAAUAAUCAAAUAUUUUUUUUAAUUACUGGUGAAUCAUCAAAAGUCAUUUUGGUUAAGAAUUUCAUUGAAGAUUUCAAAAAUUUAAAAAAGUUUGUUCCAAUGAAUGAGCAACAAAUGAGAGGAAGAUAUGAUUGGAGUUCAUUAAAUACCAAAGAUUAUGUAAUGCAUUAUCAAAAUGGUGGAAUUAAAAUGGAAGCAAAUUCAAAAGAAAAUUUAGAAAUUGUUUCAGCAAUUGUAAUGAAUCUACUAAAUAAAAGUAAAGUUGAACAUGUUUAUGAAGUUGAAAAAGAAAUUGAAAUUCUAUUUUUAGAACAAAAAUCAAUUUUAAAAUUAAUUAAUCAAAAAUUUACAAAUUCAACUAGAAUAAUAGGUACAAAUAAAAUUUCAAUAAAAUCAUUAGAGACUGUUUAUAUUCAAAUAAAGAAAAUUAUUGAUGAAGCAUUAAAUGGAUUUUAUGAAAAAACAAUUGAUUUAUCUGGUGAUGAUCUAUUUAUAAAAUCAAAAGUUUUAUCAAAUAUUUUAAAAUCAUUACAAGAACAAUGUAAUAAUAAUAAUGAUGAAUUAGUUUCAAUUAAAAUCUCACCAUCAAAGAGUGAUGAUACACAAAUUGAUUUCAAGAAUGUUUUAGUUUAUGGAAAUAAAAAUCAAGUUGAAAAAAUUGAAAAAUCAAUAAUUUCUUCAAAAAAUUCAAUUCAUUUUCAAAAAUAUAAUUCACCAAAUUUAAAAGAAAUCCUUAUUGUUGCCACUUCAAAUUUAAUGAAAAUUAAAGAAAUUGAAAAACAAUACAAUGCAACAAUUUUAAUAAAUAGUGAAGAAAUAAUAAUUUGUGUACCAUGUAUAGAGAAAUUUAAAUUAGUUACAGCAGAUAUUGAUUCAUUGAUAUCAACAACUCCAAGUGAAACCAAAACUAUUCAAUUAAGUAAAUUAUCAUCUUUAAAGUUAAAAAAUUUAAUUGAAUCAUUAGAAAUAAAAUCUCAACAAAUUGGUAUUAGAUAUUAUUAUAAUAAAGAAGAAUUAAAUGUUAAAAUUAGUGGUGACCCAGAAAAUAUAAAGAUUAUUUAUCUUGAAUUAUUAAAAGAAAAAUAUUCAUAUGAAAAUAGUAUAGAAACAAGGGCAAUUACAAUUGAUAAAAUUAGACAUGACAUUUUAUUUGAUUUAAAAAAAGUUGGUAAAUUACAAAAAGAAACUUUUACACUUGUUGAAUUAAAAGUUGAAAAUGAAACAAUUAUUUCAUUAAAUUUAUCAAAUGGUAAAAUUAUUAGAAUUAUAAAAGGUGAUAUAACAAAACAAAAAACGCAUGCAAUCGUUAACCCUGCAAAUGAAAAAUUAAAGAAUUUAGGUGGUGCUGCAUUUUCAAUUCAAGAAGCUGCCGGCGCUACAUUUAAAGAAUUUUGUGAAUCAUAUUAUGAAAAAAACGGUCCAAUAGGUACAGGUUGUUCUGUUUAUGGAAGUAAAUUUAAAAUGGGUAAUAUAUUCGUAAUUAAUACAGUUGGUCCAAAAAAUGAUAAUCCAAAUAAAGCUAGAAUUUUACAUAUGUCAAUUCAUAGCUCUUUAAGAAGUGCAACAGCAUUAAAUUGCCAAUCAAUUUCAAUUCCAGCAAUUAGUACAGGUAUUUUCGGUUAUGAUCCAAAAGAAGCAGUACCAAUUAUAAUUAAAAGUGCAAUUGAAUUUUUAUUAACAAAUGAAACAACAUUAAAUGAAGUUAAUUUUGUUGAUUUAAAUCAAAGUACUGCAAAUAUAUUUGAAAAUAGUUUGAUUAAAUUCUCAGAUAAUGGUACUUUAUUUCACAAUAAAAAUAGCAGCAUUAAUAAAAACACCACCACUCAACCAAAUAAAUCAAUUUUAAAUACAAAUUAUGAACCUAUUAAACCAAAGAGUUUAAAUUAUGAAUGGACAUGGAGAGAAAAUGAUGGUAAAGAUAUUCCAUAUGAUUACGACCAAUCAAUUCAAAUUGAAAAAGCAUAUAAUUCUCGUCUUCGAUUGGUUUCAAUCAUUGGUGAUCUAAAUCAAAAAAAGAAUGGUUCGACCUAUACUGUUUACUUUAUAGAUCAUAAUAAUCCAUCUUCGUGGUAUCAAUUAAAUGAUAAAUUACAAUACACCAAAAGAUUAGUUAAAAGGAAUAUUAUAAAUAAUAAUAUUAAUAAUAACAAUAAAAACAAUAAAAACACAACUCCAACCACUAUAAAUAAUAAUAAUAAUAAUAAUAAUGACGGAAAUGGCUUUUUUGGCCAACUAUUAAAAUUAUUAAAUCCAAAAACCAAUAAUAAUAAUAAUAAAAAUAAUCCAAAUAAUAAUAAUCCAAAUAAUAAUAUUCCAAAUAAUAAUAAUAAUAAUAAUAAUAAUAAUAAUAAUAAUAAUAAUAAUAAUAAUAAUAAUAAUAAUAAUAAUAAAAAUAAUAAUAAUAAUGAUGACGAUGAUGAUGAUGAUGGUGUUGUUGUUAAAAGUAAAAAUAAAUAUCAAAUUAUAGUUAAAGGUAAUAUAAAUGAUAUAAGAUCAUUUGUAAAGGAAUUAGAAGAUUUAGUUAUAAAGUAUAAAUAUUCAGAAAAUAUUAUAAAUAUUCAAAUUCCAAUUGAUUCAUUAAGUUUUAUAAAAGAUAAAUGUUUAUCAUAUGGUGUUGAAAUUAAUUAUGAUACAAAAACAUCAAAUGUUAAUUUAGAGGGUCUAAAAGAACAAGUUCUAGAUAUUAAAUCUCAAAUUUUAGAAUUUAAAAAUAAUAAUAAAAUCAUUUAUCCAAAUAGAUGGGAUCAUAAGAAAGAGUGUUGUUUAGUAGAAAUUGAAAAAGGUGGUAAAGAAUGGUUAGAAAUUCGUACAAGAAUGUCGGAAACAUUACCAGGUGUAAUUAUCAAUAAAGUUGAAUUCGUUCAAAAUAGAAGUUCCUAUGAAGAUUAUUAUUAUAAAAAAAAUAAAAUUGAAGCUCAUAAUAAUGGUAAAAGUGUAAGUGUCUAUGUUUGUGUGUGUGUAUGUGUAUGUGUAUGUGGUGAAUUAUAUUUAUUCCAUGGUACCAGUGCAACACAACCAGAAUCAAUUUAUAAUUCUAAAAAUUGCUUUGAUUGGAGAUUUUCUAAAGAGAGUUGUAUGUGGGGAAAUGGUAGUUACUUUGCAUAUAAUGCAUCAUAUUCACAUAGAUAUAGCUAUAAAACUCCACAAAAAUUAAAUCAAAUCUUUAUUGCCACAGUUUUAAUUGGUGAUUCAAUUACCUCAGAGCCAGACAGUUCACUCAAAUUACCACCCCUAAAAGAUUCUACAAAUAAAAAUGUAAGAUAUGAUUCUGUAAAAGGUAAUCCACUGGGCUCUGAUAUUUAUAUCGUUUAUGAUAAUCAACAAUCAUAUCCAUACUAUUUAGUUACAUAUACCUAUAAUUAA